AUGCGCCGCGAGGACCCCGAGCUGUGCGUGGCGCUCCUGCUGUCGGCGACCUCCAGCCGGGAGAUGCUGCGGCGGCGCCACGUCCUGCACAGAUUCGAGCCGGGGCCCGUGGAGAUCAUCGACGGGGUGCGGCGGAAGUUCACCACGACCUUCUGCUCGAGAGAUCUGGACCGCGGAGGAGGAGAAGGUUCAAUCCGAAUCAGAUCUUGGCCUCCUUCAGCGACCGUGUGCGCCUCCGUGCUAUUGACGAUCGCGCCGGGCAGCUGGUCAGUCCCGCGAACAUCAUCGACAGGUCUGGGACGGCACUGGUCUGAGUCCGAGCAGCGCGUCAAUCUUGCAAGCUGUCGGUGCAGCACAAUUUUCUCCACGACAUAG